GGAAGUGUUUUUUUUUUUUGUUAUUAUUAUGGCAAAAAAGAAAGUAAAGGAAACAACAGCACAUAGAUCUUCAGUCAUCAGCGAGAAGCCAAAAAAGCAGAAAGCUAUGGCGCAUUUAGAGAGGAGUAAUAAUUAUUUAUUUGGAGCUGCUGUUGCUUUAGUAGUAGCUGUUUGCAUAGUCCCACUGACGGCUGAAGUUUCAACUCCUGACUUCAGUCAGUCUAAGCGCUCAGAUCUGAAGAUGGAUGAAGCGUUUCUGAGAGUCAACAAUGAGCUGGACAGUGAUGUCCUGGUGUCCUGGAAGUCAGAGUCCUGCUACAAGUGUUUGUACCAGAAGCUCGGAGUGGUACCAGCAGGGUCAGGCCCAGGUCAGCCCACUUCGGCCAACUUCACUGUCAGCACACAACAUGAAAUGACGCUGCAGGUCAAUAGUACUUCUGCCAUGGAGCUCUGCAAGGUUCAGUUCCACUUCGGGGAGCAUGGGAACUACUCUCUGUGGAUGAAGAGCCUGGCCAACUGCUCUGUCGUGACAGACGCAGAGCCUGUGAACAGCUACAUACCGAUCCUGGUGGCUUUUUGUAUCUUUGUUGUUCUGGCCUCUUUGUUUGUCUUGGGAACAAAAUUGUUAGAACUUGGUGCUGUGAGGCGUCUCGUCCUCAGAGUCAGCGGGUCCAUGGAAACUGAAAGACUCAUCAACUCCGAGCUGGGAUAUCCUCGGAUAGAGACGCCUGUUACUGACAACAUCCUGCUUCCUCCACCCAGCACCAGCAAGAGGCUUCGGUCUCUUGACACGUUUAGAGGUAUCUCUUUGGUUAUUAUGGUGUUUGUGAACUACGGAGGAGGACGAUACUGGUUCUUCAGACAUUCGAGCUGGAACGGUCUGACAGUUGCAGAUCUCGUCUUUCCUUGGUUUGUGUUCAUAAUGGGCACAUCCAUCACACUUUCUGUCAACUCCUUGCUGCGUGCAGGCUCGAGUCGUUGCUCUCUGCUCAGGAAAGUCAUGCGGAGAAGCGUCCUGCUCUUCCUCAUCGGCAUCUUCAUCAUCAACCCUAACUACUGCCAGGGACCACUAUCGUGGGACAACUUGCGGAUCCCCGGCGUGUUGCAGCGUCUCGCCUGGUCUUACUUGGUCGUAGCCAGUCUGGACGUGAUGGUGGCGAAAAGACAUCUCGACAUCCUCACAGCAGAGGCCUGGUGGGCUCCAGGACUUGAUGUCUUGCUGUACUGGCCAGCCUGGCUGUGUGUGCUCCUGCUGGAAACCCUGUGGCUCUGCCUCACCUUCAUUCUUCCUGUACCAGAUUGUCCUAUAGGGUAUCUGGGUCCAGGUGGGAUCGGGGACAUGGGACUCUUUGCUAACUGCACGGGUGGAGCUGCUGGUUUCCUUGACCGCUGGCUGCUGGGAGAAAAGCACCUUUAUCAGACUCCCUCAUCGCGGGUGAUUUAUGCAACGCUCAUGCCGUACGAUCCAGAAGGUGUUCUGGGGAGCAUCAACUCCGUUCUCAUGGCUUUUCUUGGAUUGCAGGCUGGAAAGAUAUUCUUGCACUACAGAGAUUUUCCUAGAAGUAUCAUUUCAAGGUUUCUCCUAUGGGGUUUCUUUCUGGGAGCCAUAUCAGCAGUUCUGACCAAAUGUUCCAGCGAUCAGGGUUUCAUUCCUGUUAACAAGAACCUGUGGUCGCUGUCCUACGUGACAACCUUGGCUUGUUUUGCCUUCGUGCUGUUGGUGCUGAUCUACUACACAGUCGAUGUGAAGAAGUGGUGGUCUGGGGCACCUUUCUACUACCCUGGCAUGAACUCCAUCCUGGUGUACACGGGCCAUGAAGUGUUCAGGGAGUACUUUCCUUUCCGCUGGCGCAUGGCCGACAGCCAGUCGCACACGGAGCACCUCACCCAGAACCUUGUAGCCACGUCCUGUUGGGUCCUCAUCUCCUACAUACUCUACAGAAAGAGGGUUUUCUGGAAAAUUUAAAGGACGAGGCGCCUAAAUGAUGCACAGCAAAUGCAGACAUUGUUUACCUCAGAGUUGCUGGAGAUGUGAUCUAAAAACACUUGGAAAGUUUGGAUUUUCCUUUCAAAAUGCACUUUUUUUCCCUUGUUUUUCUCCUUUAACAACCAGUCAUGUG